AUGCUCCGUCUAGGCGUAGCUGCUGCACUCGUGCUCGUCUUCUGCCACUUCUCGCCAUCAGGCAGCACCGCGUGUCAGCUGCUACCCAGCUUCCCGCCGGCGGUCUUCUGCGUCGACGCCAACGGCUGCUGCAAUUUCACCACCGUCCAGGCAGCUGUCGACGCAGUUCCGCCCAACAGCCAGAACCGGAGCAUUGUGUGGAUCAAUUCUGGCAUCUACUUUGAGAAGGUGAUUGUGAAGAAGCCGAACGUCACGUUUCAGGGACAAGGCCUGAAGGCGACCACGAUCGUGUGGAACGACACGGCAAAUUCUACACAUCGAACACCCAAGAGCGCGUCUGUCCAGAUCGAUGCACCUGGCUUUGUUGCAAAAAACAUUAGCUUCAAGAAUGCAGCACCAGCUCCGAAACCUGGAGCUGUAGGUGCACAAGCUGUUGCCAUAAGGAUCAGCGGUGACAUGGCAGCGUUCUGGGGCUGCGGCUUCUUUGGCGCCCAAGACACUCUUCUUGACGAUCAAUUCAGGCAUUAUUUCAAGGAAUGCUUCAUCGAAGGAAGCAUCGACUUCAUUUUCGGGGAUGGACGGUCCUUGUACGAGAACUGCAAGCUCAACAGCAUCGCCGAAGAAUUGCCCCAAGGCCAGCACUCGAUCAACGGAGCAAUCACGGCACAAGGUCGAAAGUUUCCAGAUAACGAUACCGGCUUUUCAUUCGUCGGCUGCACCAUCCAAGGCUCUGGUAAUAUCCUGCUCGGACGGGCGUGGGAAGCAUACUCUCGCGUGGUCUUCGCGUACACCUACAUGCCAGCCAUCGUGGCAUCAGAGGGAUGGGACAACUGGGGCCAAGAGAACAGAAACAGCACCGUCUUCUUCGGCGAGUACGGAUGUCGCGGAGACGGCGCGAACAUGGCGGGAAGGGUGCCGUAUGCCAGGAAGCUCGACGACUCGCAAGCUCGUCCAUUUCUCGACCAAUCAUACGUUGACGGCCACGAAUGGCUGAAGCCAUUCGACGACUUACUCAUUGCCCCUAAAUGGCGGCCACUCUUAAAAGCUUCUGAUCAAGAAAAGAUGAAGGAGGUGGUGGACCGUCUGAAGCACUGGGCGAUGAACUUCUGCCCGAGCGUAGCCUGCGUCUCAGAUAUUGAGGAGAUCUGA